AUGUCCUUGUCCAUGAAGAAGCUCAAACAGUUGUUUUAUGUGUGCCCAAAAUUGUCGAAUGUUUUUGCUUCGCUUAAUCCGCAGCUACAAUUGAAGGAACUUGAAAUUCUCCAAGUGGGUUAUUGCCAUGCUCUAGAGUAUAUAUUUGAGAAGAAAGAAGAUGCAUCCCCCCGUUUAAGAGAACUUAAGUUGGAGGGUUUGGUUAGACUAAAGCACAUAUAUAGGUGCUCUACUGAGCUACUUGACCUGCACAAUCUAGAGUUUCUACAGAUUAAAGAAUGCAACAAACUAAAAGUCAUCCUUCCUGCAUCUGCUGCUAGAAGACUUGGGAAACCGAAAGAACUGCAUCUGUAUAAUUGUUUUCAGUUGGAAGCUGUUCUUGCAAAACAUCAAGAAGGAGAAACCUGUGAGAGUUUGGUGUUCUCUCAACUAAGAGUGCUUUCACUAUAUGACCUUCCCAACCUUACAGGUUUUUGCACGGAUUGUAGCUUGACUUUCAAAUGGCCAUCCUUGGAAAAGGUGGAGGUGGCUCUCUGUCCCCAAAUGCAGAUGUUUGCUGCUGUUGUGGCUUCUGAUGGAGACUCGAGCACACCAAAGUUGAAGAUGAUCAAGGUUAUUUCUAUUUUGAAGGCCAAGCUCUCUUCUCAUGACACCACUGCUGCAAAAGAGGCUCUUCGCAGUGUUUCUAGUUUGAGAAGCAUGAUAAUUAAGAGCUUUUGCUUAGUGGUAAUUGAUUUCUCUUCAGUUUAUUUUCAUGAUGGUCUUGGACUUCCAGGUCAGCCAUUGUUUAUAUAA